UCUUCCUCCGAUUCUGUUGCGGAGCCAAUCAGGAAGGAAGGAAGGAAGGAAGGAGGAGGAGAAGACGACCGGUGAUCCCAUCGCCGGCCGGUCGACGGAGAUCCGGCGAUCGCCUUCGAUUCGCCCCGAUCGGGAGAGGGGAACCACGCGAGCGUGCGGCGGAGAGGGAAGCGGGCGCGCGAAGAUGAGCCGGGACGACAAGAGCAGGGGCUUGAUCGGCGGCGGCGACCCCCAGCACCAGAGCCCGAACUACUACGGAACGUUCCAAGGCGUCGCGAACUACUAUAACCCUCCUCCUCCUCCUCCUCCUCCGCAGCCGCAGCCGCAGCUCCCCCAGCCGGUGAUCGGAUUCCCGCAGCCGGCUCCUCCUCCGGGCUCCCCCGGAUAUCCCCAGUGCUAUCAUUACGGUUAUCAGACCGUCGGAGGUUAUGCAGUUGUGGAGGGAACACCCAUCAGAGAGCCGCGCUUACCUUGCUGUGGUAUUGGCAUUGGCUGGUUCUUGUUCUUGAUUGGUUUCUUUCUCGGUGGCAUCCCCUGGUACCUUGGGACUUUUCUCCUUAUUUGUACCUGUCCAGAUCGGCGAGAAAAGCCUGGAUAUGUUGCUUGUGCAAUAGCUUUUCACCAGUACCAGGUUGUGGGUAGAGCCCUGCCCACCGGGGCGGAUGAGCACCCGAAGAUCUAUCGCAUGAAGCUGUGGGCCACCAAUGAGGUCCGCGCCAAGUCCAAGUUCUGGUAUUUCCUGAGGAAGCUGAAGAAGGUAAAGAAGAGCAAUGGCCAGGUGCUCGCCAUCAACGAGAUUUUUGAGAAGAACCCAACAAAGAUCAAUAACUAUGGGAUAUGGCUUCGUUACCAAAGCCGAACUGGAUACCACAACAUGUACAAGGAAUACAGAGAUACCACACUGAAUGGGGCUGUGGAGCAGAUGUAUACCGAGAUGGCAUCUCGCCACAGAGUUAGGUUCCCGUGUAUCCAGAUCAUCAAGACAGCCACUGUUCCAGCGAAGCUUUGCAAGAGGGAGAGCACCAAGCAAUUCCACAACUCGAAGAUCAAGUUCCCGCUGGUAUUCAAGAAGGUUAGACCACCAACCAGGAAGCUGAAAACCACCUACAAGGCAUCAAGGCCCAAUUUGUUUAUGUAAUCCCGGCAUUUGUUGAUCUGAGUUAUAGGAUCGUCAAUAGUUUUGGUGACUAAGCAGCCCCUCAUUUUCCUCCGCUUUUUUCCAAGAAGUUUGUCGUUUAUCUUAGGACAUCGAGCUCUUUGAAAUUCCUAUUUUUGUUUCGACUUUUGGUGAUCAACGACUUGCUUGAUGUUGGCUUUUCCCAUAAUAUCGUUAGCUCACUUUACGCUUACCUGGA